GGCCGUCUCGGCCACGCCUGUGCGAGGGAGAGCGCCGGCGCCGCCUCCUCCGCGGACUGGGAGCGACUGCCCGGGAGGAGCGGGCGAGGACGAGGAUGCUCCGCCGGGCGCGGCAAAGGCGAAGGCGCAGGAGACGGGACCUGCCCGCGGCAGCCAUGCCUUUCUGCAGCCUCGCUUAGCAGGAGGAGGCCAGCCGCGGCUCCCUCCAUGGCGAGCGAGGCGCCCGAGCCCCUGGCGACGAUUGCGCGGCCCGGCCCGGCUUGCAGGAGGCAGCCCGGCGGCAGCGGUCCCCGGGCGCCUCCUCCUGCUUCUGGCUUGCGCGCGCCCUAGGGCCGGCGGCGGCGCCAUGGCCGAGACGGAGCGCCCCGAAGAGGCGGCCCGGUUGUGGCGAGACGCCGCCCUGCGCGCCAGGAAGCUGCGGGGCAGCCCGCUGGAGCCGGACGCUCAGGAGGGGAGCGGCCCGGAGGCUGAGCCGGAGCCGAAGUCGCCGCCGCCGCCGCCGCCGCCCACCCCCAUCGCGCCGCUGGAGACGCUGAACCUGAGCGGGCGCGGCCUGGAGGAGCUGCCCGAGGGGCUGUGUGCCGCGGUGGGCGCCAGCCUGCGCGUGCUCUCGGUGCGCAGGAACCGGCUGGCGCGGCUGCCCUCGGCCGCCGCCCUCCGCCACCUGGGCCGCCUGGCCGAGCUGGACCUCAGCCGCAACCGGCUGCGCUGCCUCCGCGACGACGGCCAGGCGCUGGCGCUGCUCCGCGGGCUCCGCAAGCUCAACCUCAGCCACAACCAGCUGGGCGCCGACGGCGGCGGGACGCUCCCUGCCGGCCUGGCCGAGCAGCGGCAGCUGGAGGAGCUGGACUUGAGCUUCAACCGCCUCAGCCGCCUGCCCGAGCAGGCCCUGGCCGGCCUGCAGCAGCUGCGCGCCCUGGACGUGGACCACAACCAGCUGCCCGCCUUCCCGCCGGUGCUGCUGGAGCUGGGUGCCCUGGAGGAGCUGGACUGCUCCGGCAACCGGCUCCUGCAGGCCGUGCCCGAGGGUAUCGCUUCCCUGCAGCGCCUGAAGAUCCUCUGGCUCAGCGGCACGGGCCUGACCUCCCUGCCGGAGGGCUUGUGCCAGCUGGGCACCUUGGAGAACCUUAUGGUGGAUGGGAACGGCCUGCGAGCCCUGCCUGCCGGCUUCGGUCGGCUGCAGCACCUCAAGAUGCUGAACCUCUCCUCCAACCUGCUGGCCGACUUCCCCGUGGCUGUGCUGGCCCUGCCUGGCUUGGAGGAGCUGUACUUGAGCCGCAAUCAGCUGACCCUGCUGCCCAAAGACCUGUGCCACCUCAGCCGCCUCCGCACCCUCUGGCUGGACAACAAUCGCAUCCGCUACCUGCCGGACUCCAUCGUUCAGCUUUGCCACCUGGAGGAAUUGGUGUUGCAGGGCAACCAGAUUGCCAUCCUGCCCGAGGGCUUUGGUCAGCUCAGCCGCAUCAGCCUCUGGAAGAUCAAGGACAAUCCGCUGAUCCAGCCCCCUUACGAGGUCUGCAUGAAGGGCAUCCCGUACAUUGCGGCCUACCAGCAGGAGCUGGCCCAUUCCCAGCCUGCUCUGAAACCCCGGCUCAAGCUGGUCCUCAUGGGCCUGAAAAACGCAGGCAAAACUCUUCUAAGGAAGUGCCUCAUGGAGGAAGAGGAAGAUGAACUGGGACAGAGAGAAUCCUCUUCAGCUGCAGUCCACAAGGACUCUGGGAAGAUCCAACUGAAAGGGUGCUGCAUGCAGCCUCUGAGCGAGUUGCCUCGGCCCCAGUCCCUGAAAGCACACCGAAAUCAUCUCCCUAUCGUUGAGCAACCAGAAGCUUCGUCCCUUAAAUGUUCCCGUGUAGGAAGCACCUCAUGGGAGCGGCAAUGUGUCCUCCUCAAUCUGUCCUCCAAAGCUGCUGGGCAGACCCAGCUUGGAUAUUCUGCUGCUGAGCCGCAGGAUGACACCCUGUUGGUUCCACCCCUGAAAGCAAAUGGGGAGAUGCGCUUAGGGUGCUAUUCCCCGCCACAGGACGCCGUGCUACUAGCUGCAACCGCUGCAGGAUUGCCAUGCAGCAGUAGAGGCAUAGAGGUGGCAGACUGGACUGCUGAUGCAGAGAGGAGCUUAACUUUCAUUGUGUAUGAGCUGGCAGGUGACCCGAGCUACGACGUGAUCCAGCCCUUCUUCCUUUCUCCUGGAGCCCUCUACGUACUGGUGGUGAACCUGAGCACCUACUUGCCGCAAUAUUUCUACUCCUCUGUGGGACACUUCCUUCAUUGGCUGGGGGCGAAAGUGCCACACGCUGUGGUGUGCAUGGUAGGCACCCAUGCAGACCUGUGUGCCGAGUGGGAGGUGGAGGAGAAGUGCUUAGACAUCCAUCGGCAGAUUGCCUGGCAGGAGAAACGGGACUACGAAGGCCUCCAGAACUUGGCUCAGCAAGUCGAUGAAGCCCUGGGGCAAGAUUUUGACCUGCGGUGCUCCAGCCCGCACGUCACUUUCUAUGGCGUGUCAGAUAAGAACCUGCGGCGCAAGAAAGCUCAGUUUCAGUAUCUACUCAACCACCGGCUGCAAAUUCUCUCUCCAGUCUUGCCGAUCAGCUGCUGGGAUUGUUGCCAGGUCCACCGGUUGAGAGAGAAGCUGCUCUCGGUGGCCGAGCACAGAGACAUCUUCCCAAACUUGCACCGCGUGCUACCCAGGUCCUGGCAGGUCCUGGAGGAAUUACACUUCCAGCCGCAGGCUCGGCAGCUGUGGCUCAGCUGGUGGGACUCCGCUCGGCUAGGCCUGCAGGCGGGACUGACUGAGGAUCGUCUCCAGAGCGCCCUUUCCUACUUGCACGAAAGUGGCAAGCUGCUGUACUUUGAGGAGCACCUGACUCUGCGUGAAUACGUUUUCCACAACCUGCCCAGGCUCAUUGACAUCCUCAAUGUCUUCUGCCAGCGGGACACGGCGGUCUUGCUCCAGAAACUACUUGGAAACGGACCUGCCGACGAGCUGAAGGUCACACAGCUCCACCACUAUGUGGAAGGGUUCUUGCUGCACGGGCUUCUCCCCACUCACAUUAUCCGCCUGCUCCUCAAGCCCCAUGUCCAGAGCCGAGAGGACUUGCAGCUCAUCUUAGAGCUGUUGGAAAAGAUAGGACUCUGCUACUGCGUCAAUAAACCCAAAUCCAAACCCUUGAAUGGGGCCACUGCUUGGUACAAGUUUCCCUGCUACGUGAAGAAUGAGAUGCCCCAUGCAGAAGCAUGGAUCAAUGGGACCAACGUGGGCGGACAGUCCUUUGUUGCCGAGCAGCUGCAGAUUGAGUACAGCUUCCCCUUUAUUUUUCCGCCUGGCCUGUUUGCCCGCUACAGCGUCCAGAUUAACAGCCAUGUGGUCCAAAGGUCGGACGGGAAAUAUCAGAUCUACGCCUAUAGAGGGAAGGUUCCUGUAGUCAUCAGUUACAGGCCUGCCAAAGGUGCCCAGCAACCAGAUACUCUGUCCAUUGCUAGUCACGCAUCCCUACCAAAUAUAUGGACGGCUUGGCAAGCCAUAACCCCGCUUGUGGAAGAACUGAAUGUACUGCUUCAAGAAUGGCCAGGCUUGUACUACACUGUGCAUGUCCUCUGUUCCAAGUGCCUUAAAAGAGGGUCGCCCCACCCGCAUACAUUUCCAGGAGAACUGCUGAGUCAGCCCAGGCCAGAGGGAGUGACUGAGAUCAUCUGCCCCAAGAAUGGAAAUGAGAGAGUGAACGUGGCUUUGGUAUAUCCACCCACACCAACAGUGAUCAGCCCUUGCUCCAAGUGACCUCCGGAAAUCGCCUGUUUCUGCCCCUAUAUAAAGACACCCCAAUACCCCUUAAUCAAAUAACCCCUUGCUAAGCCUUUUUGGAGACACGCAGCCCAGAGAUGAUUCUGAUUUGUUUCAGGGGGCCUGGACAUCGCAGCUUGGGAACUAAAGGUUAAAGGGAGCAGGGCGUGCUGAAGGCUACACAUUAGACUGGGCACAGAUCUACAGUCUGGCUGAACUGAUCCUUAACACCAGUCAUGGGUUGGAGUUGUGCAUUUGCAAGAACUCUCUGUAGAAGUUUGCUGAAGCAGGCAGUGCAGUGAAGCGUCCCCAUCCUAAACUUCCGUUGACCUUUUGUGUUCACUUUGCUCUGAAACUUCUGGAUGGUUGCAGUCAUCUAACCAUGGUGAUUCUCCGAUACUGAGAAAUCUACAGACCUGUAUUGUGCACUUGCUUGGACCUGUUGAUGAAUGUAAGAUUGUUCUGUCAUCAUUCAGAUGUACCCGAAGGAAUGUCUGCUGCAAAGGAAAUAUUGGGAACUUCCUAUGGCUAUUCCCAUGCAGUUUUCCCAUAGGAAGAAGCUAACAAUGUUGGGGCUGUGAUGCACUGUGGAAAGGGACAUGGAAUCAAAACUGGAAGAUACCUCUUCUUCUGGAGGACACUUUCCCAGGGACUGAACAUGUAAACUUAACAGACCCAAAACUGAAAUGAUUUUUAAAGUAAUAUAUUAACUUGCAGAAGGAAGAUGGACUUGGAGGAUUUAUCACUCGACACUCGGCCUCAGGAUCAUCCUCUAACAAAGAGCUGCUUGCCAACAGAAUGGGUGGAAUUGCUUCUCAGGGAUUAUGUUCAUUGUGUAGUUGAAAAAGCAACAACUGCAGUCACAAUCUGGGGUACUCCGUUUUCAAGUCUGUCUAAUGUGAAAGAGAGGUCACUUUCCUAAGUUCAUUGCUGUUUGGUAAUUUGUGAAUGUUUGGGUUUUUUAAAAGCAUCAAUCUUUAUUUUUGUAAUAUGCAAGUUUUUAAUUAUCUAUGCAGUUUAAAGUUCACACUGGUGCAAAGUGGAGCAUGGAGACUGUGCUAGACAAGCUGCUGGGUUCUUAACUUUGUUGUCAAAAUAACGCAUGUAUGUAUCAUCACUGUUAAAAUAUCACACAUCCUUCCACAAGUUUUCACUGCAUUUAUUGUACAAACUGCUUCACCAACAGUACACAGAGUUGUCUGAGAUUGCCCUUGUCUUCCCAGUGGGAAAACCUUGGUUCGCAAGGGCUGGGAUAUCAAAUUUUGUACGGCAGCCUGUGACAGCAUCAUAGUGGUAAAUUGGAGGAUGUCCCAUUGUUUCAGAACCAUGAUACAAUGGGAAGGAGAAGGGUGAUACCACAAAUUAAAAAUUAAUUUAGAGCAAAUCCAUAGAGUAGAGAACAGCAGAGCAACCCUGAAAUAAUUCAUUCUAGAAGGUCCCCCUGGAAAAAAAUGGGCUCCGGAACAAAACUGAGCCAGCAACAAAACUGAAGCACUACAGCUGCUGGAAUCUUUAAGGACUGUAAGAACCAGAGGCUAUUUUCAUGUAAUGGGUGGCCCUGAAUCUGGGGGUUACUGCGGUAAAGUGCAACAAGGAGUGGACUUUCUCCUUAAAUGGACUGGGUUUUCUAUCAGUAUGUUAAAAUGAGGAACCAGAAAGCUAGCAAGGUCAUCAAUUCCUAUCUCAACAGAUUUUACCCUCUCUGGUUGUUCUUGACCACACAGCACAUCAACAUGUCAACUGAUUUGAAUCAUCCCAGGGUUUUUUUUUUAAGUUGAGUAAAUAGCAAAGCAUAGCCUUUAUUGGCAUAAAGAAAACAACAACAACAACACAGUUAACAGCGGUGAUAGUAAAACACACAAAAGGAUGUCAAAUAAAUAUAAAUCGUUACAAACUCUGAAUUAUUUCCAUGAGAAAACCUGCUACCUCUUCAAGGUUGACGAUCCAUCUUUUGUAGAAACCUGUGGUUUAGUUUCAAAAGAAGAAAGUGGUCAGGUACCUGAGUAGUGGAAUUGCUGAUCUUUUACUAUGGUUUUACACUGCUCUAGUGACUUUAAUGACUUUUGCCCAUGUGGUUCUGGCAAAUUGUAUUAACAUUUCUUGGACAGGAAAGAUGGAGCUGUGAUACCUAAUGCUGCUGUUCUUUGUAAUAACAUACUUGGAAGUAUUUAACAUUCAUGGAUUGGUUUGGAAGCAACUAUAGGACAGCGACAAUCUUAUAGCAUCACCCUCAAAAUUCUAGGCACAUUUUAAGAUGUUACUCUGAUACCCAAUACAGCCAUUCAAUGUUAUGUUUGGUUUACUGAGAUCAAAAAAAUGAAACAUACAUCAUUUACAAACAUGUCUUAAGUUAGCAGUGAGAUUUUAAAUCCUAGUAGUUAAUUUUUGGUUGCUGAAAUCUGGAACUUUCUCUGGGGGAGUCCAGUUGGCAGCUCUGUAAAAGAUGAGCUAGCUAUUUCUAAUUGCAGUUUUCUGUCUGUUGGAUCUUGUGAAUGUGAAUUGAAGGGGAGUAUUCUGAGAGACUGGUUGCUUUUCAGUUUGCAUUUUCAAUUGUCAGUUAGUAUUAAGGACUGAGAAGACUUUCACAAUUAGAUAUCAGUGAACUUCACAUUAAUGAAAUUGAACAAGCUUCUGAAAUACAUUGUUUUAGAUUUGCCUUAAAUUGGAGCCAGCCAGAUUUGGCAAUACUCUGGUAAAGUGCCAAAACAGCAAUACUAACCAGUGGCGGUUACCAUUUCCAGAUAUUGAACUUCUGCCAGGAAGUUGAAGGGGCAAAGCAUGAAUAAGGUACAAAUGAGAUGAAAUGGCCCAGUAUGAUACAGUUUUCCAGAUAAGAUUAAGAUCACCCUCAGUUUCUCCCUGAAACCAUGUCACCCAAACUUUGGGCCACUGGUAAAAGCCAUUUUACCUGUGAUUAGAGAGUGAUGCAUUCUGGAAUUCCAGAACUUUGGUUCCUGUCUGUUUGGGGGCCGUUAACUAUUAACGUUCAGCAUCCUUGUAUGGCAGGGGCUGAGGCUAAGCUCUUGUUUCCAUACACGAAAACAUUUACAAAAACACAGUCACAAAAAUCAUUCUUGGCUGUGCACCCAGCUGGAGAGCGUGCAUUUGGCUAGGUCACAAUGGGAUCCUGCUGGGAUGGCAUCAGCCUUUGUCAGUUUUCCUGGAAAGGGGAUAAGGUUUUUGCUCCGUGAAGCACAAAAAUCAUUUAAGUGGUUUCUCUUAAAAUGGCUGGAGAACUGCCCUUGGAAUUUUCUGUUCCUAGAAUUAGUGACAGGAAAAGUAGUCUCCUGUCUGCGUUUAGCUCGUCAAAAGGCUUGACCAGUUCUUUCUAAUUCACUUGGGAAAGGCCAGGAAAGGGGUGUUGGUGUAACACAGAUGAGGUUUCAGCCAGCAAAGGCUGUGGGGAUUUCCUUGUGGCUGUCUGUUAAUUCUCCAUAUAAUAGACAUUUUUU